AGCAACUUCACCUUCUAACUCGUCUAGUGGAGCAAAUAAAACUUUUGUGAGUGAGACUUGUAUAUUUUUAUACAUGGCUCUGGAACAAGGGGUUGACGAUUAUACAAAAGAUGGAACUGUGGAUCUUAGAGGAAACCCUGUUCUUAGAUCCAAAAGAGGUGGAUGGAGGGCUUGCUCUUUUGUUGUUGUGUAUGAGGUAUUUGAGAGGAUGGCAUAUUAUGGGAUAUCAAGCAAUCUGGUGGUCUACUUGACAAAAAAGCUACAUGAAGGUACUGUGAAAUCGUCAAAUAAUGUGACGAAUUGGGUUGGCACCGUUUGGAUGACUCCAGUGUUGGGCGCAUAUGUUGCCGAUGCUCGUCUUGGCCGCUACUGGACCUUCGUCAUUGCUUCCUUGAUUUAUCUCUCGGGGAUGUGCUUACUAACACUAUCAGUGUCACUCGGAGCACUAAGACCGCCACCCUGCAAGGAUACCAAUGUCGACAAUUGCCAGAAGGCAUCAGCAUUACAAGUAGCAGUGUUUUUUGGUGCCCUCUACACCUUAGCCUUAGGGACUGGAGGAACCAAGCCCAACAUCUCCACCAUUGGCGCUGAUCAAUUCGAUGAUUUCGACCCAAAAGAAAAGGGUCAAAAGCUCUCCUUCUUCAACUGGUGGAUGUUCAGCAUUUUCUUUGGAACACUCUUUGCUAACACUGUUCUUGUUUACGUACAAGAUAAUGUCGGAUGGACAUUAGGCUAUGCACUCCCAACUCUUGGGCUUCUGAUAUCUGUUGCUAUAUUCUUGGCCGGCACACCUUAUUACAGGCACAGGCUGCCCACUGGUAGCCCAUUUACGAGGAUGGCGAGAGUCAUAGUUGCUGCCCUAAGAAAAUGGAACGUGGCAAUUCCAAAUGACCCUAAAGAACUCUAUGAGCUUGACUUGGAAGAGUAUGCAAACAAGGGAAAGUUUAGGAUUGAUUCCACUCCUACACUCAGAUAUCUGAAUAAAGCUGCUGUGAGAACAGGUUCAAGUGAUCCAUGGAUGCUUUGCUCAGUUACUCAAGUAGAGGAAACUAAGCAAAUGUUAAGAAUGAUUCCGAUCUUGAUUGCGACUUUCGUUCCAAGCACAAUGGUUGCUCAGAUCAAUACCCUUUUCGUGAAGCAAGGCACUACACUUGAUAGGCAUAUUGGCAGCUUCAAAAUCCCCCCAGCAAGUUUAUCUGCAUUUGUGACCUUAACAAUGCUUAUUUCUGUAGUCCUUUAUGACCAAUACUUUGUCAGGAUCAUGCGAAGGUGGACUAAUAAUCCUAGAGGGAUCACUCUUCUUCAGAGGAUGGGAAUAGGCAUGGUUUUCCACAUCAUAAUCAUGAUCACAGCUUCCCUCAUUGAAAGGCACAGACUCAGUGUGGCUAAGAAACAUGGCUUGGUUGAAAGUGGAGGACAAAUCCCUUUAACCAUUUUCAUUUUACUUCCUCAGUUUGUGCUUAUGGGAAUGGCUGAUGCGUUUCUAGAGGUAGCCAAGCUUGAGUUCUUUUAUGAUCAGGCACCUGAAAGCAUGAAGAGCCUUGGUACUUCUUACUCAACUACGAGUCUCGGAGUUGGAAACUUCCUCAGCAGUUUCCUUCUUUCCACAGUUGCUCGUAUCACUAAAAAUCAUGGUCACCACAAUGGAUGGAUUUUGAAUAACUUAAAUGCUUCUCACUUGGACUACUAUUAUGCAUUCUUUGCGAUAUUGAACUUUGUGAAUCUCAUUUUCUUCUUCGUUGUGAUCAAGUUCUAUGUGUAUAAAGCUGAAGUUUCAGAUUCAAUGGAAGUACUAGCUGAAGAAUUGAAGGGAAUCAGAUUGAGGGCAUCGAGCCAAGAAGUAUCAAAUACCUCGUAGCUUUGACUGAAUGGUCAUUGGGCAGAAGAAAAAAACUAGCCUAGAUAAGAUAAGGUAUAUGGGCAUCAGAGGUGAAAAUGGAAGAUCAGAAACAAGUUGGUCACCAUUUUUAGUGUAAGCUGCAAACUCCUCCACUUGACUGUGAUUGGGUGAAUUUGCUUGGUGGCAGUGGUGAUUAUACAAUUAAGCUGCAAUUUGCCCUUCAUCUCAAAUAAGAAAAAAAAGAACGAAGAAGAUGCAGCAGAAGGAGAAGAAAAAAAAGUAAAACAUAUGGGAUUACACUUGACAUCCUCUAAUGCUUUAUAAUAAACAACUUCUCUGUUUCUACACAAA